GGGGGCGGGGCCGCGGAGCGCUCGGGGUCGCGCUGCCGGGGCCGAGGCGCGCUCCCGCCGCACGCUGGGCUCGGGUGGCGGCGGCGGCUCCGGAACGCGCUCCCGCUCCGCCCCCUGCGCUGCCCGACGGGAGGCGCGAUGGCUUCCCGCAAGAGCUCCAGAGCCACCGGCGGCAGCCCCAGCCCCGGCUCCAAGAGAGAGACUAAGCAUGGAGGAAGCAAGAAUGGAAAGAAAGAAGGCCUCUCUGGAAGCUCAUUUUUCACCUGGUUUAUGGUAAUUGCUUUGCUGGGAGUUUGGACAUCAGUAGCAGUUGUCUGGUUUGAACUUGUAGAUUAUGAAGAAGUUCUAGCCAAAGCAAAGGAUUUCCGUUAUAACUUGUCAGAGGUCCUACAAGGCAAGCUUGGGGUAUAUGAUGCUGAUGGAGAUGGAGAUUUUGAUGUGGAAGAUGCUAAAGUAUUGCUAGGCCUGACCAAAGAUGGCAGUAAUGAAAAUAUUGAUUCCCUUGAGGAAGUCCUUAAUAUUUUAGCAGAGGAAAGCUCUGAUUGGUUUUAUGGCUUUCUCUCAUUUCUCUAUGAUGUAUUGACUCCUUUUGAAAUACUAGAAGAAGAAGAGAGCGAAGCUGCAGAUGAUGUUGAUGGUACGUCACAGAAUGAAGGGGUUCAGGGAAAAAAGACUUGUGUUAUUUUGGAUUUACAGAACCAGUGACUGAAAGACUAAUUUGAUUGGCUUUCAAAAAUGUCCAUGAAAUCAUCAACUUUAAUAUAGCAAGAAUUUAUGGCAUUGAGGGGAACCUGCCAAAUGGACACUCUAAAGAUUGAACUAAAGUUAGCCAUGCAAUACUAUUUCAGUAGCUGAAAGCCUUUCAAUAAUUUUUCCAUUUUUGUGACAGGAUGGCAAAUAUUACACAAGUGUGUAAAUAUGUAGAAUAAAACGUGUAUCUGUGGUUGUGUAGUUGGUUUCUGUAUGUGCUUCAAUUUGUGCAUUUUGUGCACAAAAUUUACAAAGCUUAAGUGUAAUAAUCUCUGCUGUUAACACUAUAACAUUUGUCUUUCUAGCAAACAUUAACUGAAGCAUUUUGUAACAGCCUCGAAUGUAAAGUAUUCUAGCAUGACUGCAUUUUGUAAAUACAUAUUUUUAUGUUAAUCCUUAAUAUAGUCAUGACAAUGAUAAUUCUCUAUAUUAUAUUGUGAAAUACAGUUUUAAUAAAUAACUUAUUCUGUGAUUCACUGAUUUCUCAGAUAGGUUCUUUUUACUUGUUCAAAGACAAGCACUAAUUUAUAAGUGCUUGAAAAUUCUACAGAAACAUUUAUUUCUAAGUUAGCUACACUGUCAUAUGGUUUAUUCCCACUGAUUUGUCUAUUUUCAAACUAUCUUCAGUCAUUUCUUUAAUAUGACAAUCACAUCAAAAGGGCUGUUCCAAAUUUCUUUUAGUUUUUAAGGUGGGCCUUCUGUGCAAGUGGGAAGCUAUGAUUAUGUAUUUCUAAUGUAAUACUGAAUAUAUUAAAGACUAAUUGAAAAUUAGAAUUUAAUGUCUUCUAUUCCUUGAGAAAUUUAAGUAUUUAAUGUAGUUUUACAAAUCUGAAUCUUUUUCUUGUGAAACUGUUCUAUGACAGUUGUUCCAAAAAUACUUUUCAUGUAUGUGAAUUCUGUCUGCUAUCAUGAAGUUACUGGUAUAGAAAGGACAGUUUAUAAUUGUGUCCUGCAGUUUGUAUGAGGUAUCGAAAGCUGAAAUGGAACUAUCCUUUUAAAACAUGAAUAAUGUACUCAAACAAAUUACUAUUAAAAAUUGUAUAAAAUUGUUUUUUGUAAUGCCUGCUUUGCUUAAGUUUGUGCUGGUUUCCUAUAUGAGGUUGAUACCCAAGUUUAAACACUAGUAUUUGCAGGCUGUGGUAGGCUGAAAUUUUAACAUCUUUCUAAAAUAAAUAAAAUUUCACUUACUUUGGCAUGCCAUUUUUAAAGCAAUUUAACAUGCCUGCUUAAAAAAAAAAAGGUAUAAAAAUAUGCUAGUGUUAAGCAAGUGAAAUGUGAUGGCCUAAUAAUGCUACUCAAGGUGUACAAAUUAAAUAGAGCCAUGAGAGCAUUGGUCGCAUUUUCUUCCAAAUAUCUGGGGAUUAGGAUAUAAGAAAGCUAACAGGAUAUAAAUUUAGUGGUUUUUAGAAUAAGAUAUACAAAGUGUAAGUAAAAAAAAAAAUAAAUAAACCCCUAAACAUUAUAACAAUAAAUAUUAGUAGAUCUAGAAUAUUACUCAGUGGUUUGUUAGCAAGUGCAAGAAACUUGCAGUGUCUGAGAUGUAGGAAAUAAGUAAGCUUGGGUUGUUUUGUUUUGGUUGAGAAUUUUUUAAAUAUCAAUUUUUGAAGAAGAUUUGAAUUGGAAAUAAGAGUUUCAUCACUGUUUUCGGCUAAUAAUACCUCUCAGUGUGAAUUUAAAAAUUGUCAUGGAACACUGAAUUCUAUUGUAGAUACUUCAGUAAUGGAACUAGAUAACCAGAAAGCAAAGAGAAACAUCUGCUAUAAGAAUAUAUAUAAUGAAGUUUAUACAAAAUUGUUAAAAAAUGAAUUGAUAUACUGGAAAUUUUUCAAGUGAAAUUGAGGUGGCUUGCUUGAACCAUGACAGAGCUACAGGCACUGAGAUAGGUGAUCAUUAAACAGUAAAUUUGUUUAAUGUGAGCUGCAGAUAUGAAAGGCAGGCCAACAGAGUUCUGAUUUGACAUCGUGCAACUUCCUGUUUGGUUUUAUUAAGUUAUAAACAUCAGCUCAAAAAUAAUUAUAGUAGGAAUGAAGAAUUUGUCAGGGGAGAAGGGUGAGGGGUGAAUGCAAGAAUGCAAAGACCCAAAGACCUAAGUAAAUAUCUUUGUAGGGUACUUCAUUUCUGGAAAAUAGUCUUCUCAGAAGUAUUCUGUCUUGCCUGAGGUUGUUCCUGUUGAGUUAAGAAUUGAACUCUCACCCAUGGAUCUCUUCAGAGGUUUGGGAAGAGUUGGUUUUCAUGUAUUCUAUUAAUGGUUGUGAUUACAAGCCGAACUUGGCUAGUAAGGGUGACAAUAAGAUUUAGUUGAAUCUUCAGUUAUAUAAGCAUGGCAAGCUUUUUUGUUUGUUUAUUAAUUUGUUUUAAAAAAACAUCUAAAAGCAAAAAGCGUUAAGCUGAGUAUGAUGUGGAGAUAAGCAAAGAAAACUGAACAGUAUCCCAAUUUUCUUGUGAAUCCUCACAAAUAGUUUGAAAUUAGUUGAGGAACUUAAAAACUAGAUUUUUAAUUUGAUUGUUUGUGACUAUAAAAAUACAGUCAUUAAAAUUUUUUAAAGUAUUUUUACAGUGUGAGUUGAAUGCUGUGGCAUUUUGCCUUCUAUUAUGUUAGAAUAAUUAUUUUAGAGAGCAAGGCUGCUACUUUUUCCCGCAGUUUCUGGUUUGAGAAUUUAAAACAGGAGAAAAUUAUAGCAAACAAUAUUGGAACUUGCUGGGUUUUAUGCCUAGCAAGGAAUACAACUUUACUGAUUUUAUAUUAAAUUGGACAUGCAGGUUUCAUUAGAUACCUUCAUAUUCCUUGCAGUUAAUUUAUGUUGUUUUCAGAAUGCCAGAAAUAAAUAUCUGUGACUAAAACUGUAGUGUUCCAGUUUGUCCAGUGUUUUUAGAAAUCUGUGGGCUGUUUUAUUUUGUCAUUUCUUGGUAAAUGUUUGAUAUUUUAAUUGCCAGUUUUCAAACAAAAUACUGCAUUAACCUUUGUAGUAAAGCUUUUGCUUGCUUUCUUGUGAUACUAAUCAAAAUAAAUUGAUAGGGGUAAAAAUCCUUAAUACCUGUACAUCUGAAAUGGCUUAAAACUUUUGGGCACUUUGAACCCCAGAUUUCUGUGACCACCUUCAGCAGUAUUUAAUUUGAAGGUUAAAGAGUGUUAUAUGGCAGAGAGAAAUCACAAUGCUCAUACUAUAUAGAAUAACUUUGAAUUGAAGAGAAUAAAGAGUACCGAGAUUGUUUGCAUAUCUGUUAAAAUUUUUAUUGUAAAAUAUUUUGCCCCCUUUAAAAAAUUUUCAUUAUUAGUUAGCUUCAAUUGUCUGGCUUUAGAAGAAAUCAGAUUUUCAUAACUGUUAUUGGUAUAGGUUGCAUUUAGAUGGCAGCACAGAAGAAGAAUGUAUUGAAGCACGAGAAAGAUUUUAAUUUCAUUUCACGGUCAGAUGGGAGAGGUAAAACCUACUUGUAUUGUAAAUGUAAUUUGGGAGAUGGGGAAAGCUGUUGUGUACAGAUCAGUCAUUUUGGAGAGAUGUGUUACUGUGUUCCCUGUUUGGUUUCCAUCAGAUAAGCAUCUAUCAUAAUGAUGUCACAGUAGCAUGAAAUACAUUGUCUUUCUCAUGGUCAGUUAGGAUGUAUAUCUCAAUAUGAGGCUAAUAAAGUUAAGAUUUACUUGUUGGUUUCUUAUAUCUGCUCAUACAAGGUGCAGCAUAAACAUCUGUGACUUCAGGGAACAAAAAUGCUUCCUACCAAGUGUAUGUGAUGUGGAUUUUUCUUCUGACAUUAGAGAGUUAAAUAAGCAAGAGAUAUUAAAGCAACGUGUGGAGAAUA